AUGUGCCCGGGGGAGAGACCCUACUCAUGCAGUGAGUGUGGGAAAAGCUUUAAGAGUAAGAACACUUUCCGGGCUCACCGGCGGCUGCACGUGACCGACAAGAAGUUCUGUUGUUGUGAAUGUGGCAAAGGCUUUGGCCACGCCGUGCCCUAUAAGAGGCACCUCAGGAGUCACGACACCUCCAGGUUAAUUCCCUGCCCUGAGUGUGGCAAGUGCCUGAGCAGCCAGUAUUAUGUGAAUGUGCACAUGCGGGCACACAAGGGAGACAAACCCAUCUCCUGUUCUGAGUGCGGCAAGUGCUUUGUGAAUGAGGCCGCUCUCCGUGGCCACGCGCAGUCUCACACGUGGGACAAACCCUUCGCAUGUUCUGAGUGUGGGAAGCGCUUCCAGGGGCAGCAGAAACUGGCCGAUCAUAUCAACACUCACUGGGGAGAGAAGCCGUAUCCAUGGCCGGAAUGUGGCAGAGGCUUCAUACACAAAUCCUCCAUUAAAGCUCACAGGAAAAGCCACAGAAAGCGCCACCUAGAGAGCCACAUGAAGAGGCACAUGAAGAGCCACGUGGGCAAGGAGCCAUUCUCUUGCUCCGAGUGUGGCAAAGGCUUCUGGCUCCCAGAACCUCCCCAGUUACCUAAUCAAUAUGAGGAUUAUGCCUUUGUAACCAAGGUAGACCCAAAAUUAGAGGAGAAGAAGAACUAUCAAUUAUAUGGAAAGUUAACUCUUCAGAAUGAUUAUCAUCUAAACACAUAUUACAAAGACCUUGAGACCGCCUGCGGGCUCUCUCUUCAGGAGAUAAAUGAAUGCUACAACAGACUGUUUAAGAUCAUCUCAGGAGCUGCGGCAGCAUGA